GCCUUGGUGCCUGGCUCUAGCCUGAGCUUAGCCCCUUCCAUGGAUCUAUAGUGCGGCCAGCAGGAGUUGAAGACCCGACUGGGGGGAAUGGGCUCGGCGACCCGGUUCCCAGGCCUUGGGCGGGCAUGGCUGCUUGGCGGCUUUCUGGUGGUCGCGUGGUUGGCCCGCCUGGCACUAGGGGCAGCUGUCCAGUGUCUAGAUGGCAAUAAACCCUGUGAGAAUGGUGGGACCUGUGUUGUUUACUCCAAUGGAAUUGCUGCUUGCAUAUGCCAGCCUGGUCUGUUUGGAGAGCACUGCCAGUUUCAAGAUCCAUGUCAUCAAUCACCCUGUGCCAAUGGGGGUUCAUGUGAAAGCACCUUGCGUGAUGGCACUGUGCACUACCAAUGUACCUGUCCCAAGGGCUUCCGAGGUCAGGACUGCUCUCUGUUUGAUGCAUGUGCCAGCAAACCAUGUGUCAAUGGUGGCCGCUGUACUAACUGGAAUGGCCGAUAUAAUUGCACCUGCCCAUCAGGUUACCAAGGCCGCAAUUGUCGGAGUGAUGUAGAUGAAUGUCGGGUGUCUGGUCUGUGUCAGCAUGGCGGUACCUGUCUUAAUACACCUGGCUCCUUUCGCUGUCAGUGUCAAGCUGGUUAUACAGGACAGCACUGUGAGAGUAUCUCUACCCCUUGUGCUCCUUCUCAGUGUCUCAAUGGAGGCACUUGCCGUCAGACGGGAGAUCUCAGCUAUGAGUGUGCUUGCUUACCUGGUUUUGAAGGACACAACUGUGAAAUUAACAUAGAUGACUGCCCAGACCACAUGUGCUUGAACGGAGGCACAUGUGUGGAUGGUGUUAACACCUACAACUGCCAGUGUCCUCCAGAGUGGACAGGCCAAUUCUGUACUGAGGACGUGGAUGAAUGCCAGCUGCAGCCCAAUGCUUGCCACAAUGGAGGCACUUGCUUCAAUACCAAUGGAGGCCAUUCAUGUGUCUGUGUCAAUGGCUGGACGGGGGAGAGCUGUAGUGAGAACAUUGAUGACUGCCAGACAGCUGUCUGUUUUCAUGGUGCUACUUGCCAUGAUCGUGUGGCUUCCUUCUAUUGCGCAUGUCCUAUGGGCAAGACAGGCCUCCUUUGUCACUUGGAUGAUGCCUGUGUCAGUAAUCCUUGCCAUGAAGAUGCCAUUUGUGACACCAACCCAAUGAAUGGCCGUGCCAUCUGCACCUGCCCACCAGGUUUUACUGGUGGAGCCUGUGAUCAAGAUGUGGAUGAAUGCUCCAUUGGAGCUAAUCCAUGUGAGCAUUUUGGCAAAUGUGUGAACACACAAGGCUCCUUCCAGUGCCAGUGUGGACGUGGUUAUACAGGUCCACGCUGUGAGACAGACAUCAAUGAAUGCCUCUCCAUGCCUUGCCAGAAUGAUGCCACCUGCCUUGACCGUAUUGGAGAGUUUACAUGCAUCUGCAUGUCAGGUUUCAGUGGUACUUACUGUGAGAUAAAUAUCAACGAGUGUGAAAGCAAUCCCUGUGUCAAUGGGGGUGUCUGCAAGGAUAUGGUCAAUGGAUUCAGUUGCACCUGCCCCUCAGGCUUCUCGGGUUCUAUGUGCCAAAUAGACAUUGAUGAGUGUGCCAGCACACCAUGCCAGAAUGGUGCCAAGUGCGUGGAUAGGCCCAAUGCUUAUGAAUGCCGUUGUACAGAAGGUUUUGAAGGGGUUUUGUGUGAAAAAAACAUAGAUGACUGUUCCCCAGAUCCUUGCCACCAUGGCACUUGUGUAGAUGGCAUUGCCAGCUUCACCUGUAUGUGUGUGGCUGGUUACACUGGGUAUCGCUGUGAGAACCAGAUCAAUGAGUGCCACAGUAAUCCCUGUCAGCACGGAGGCAAAUGUCUUGACCUAGUAAAUCAGUACCUCUGCCACUGUCAGCCAGGGACCUCAGGUGCUAACUGCGAGAUAAACUUUGAUGACUGUGCCAGCAAUCCUUGUGACUAUGGGAACUGCCGUGAUGGCAUCAAUCGUUAUGAUUGCAUCUGCAAACCUGGCUUCACAGGUCCUCUGUGUAACAUAGAGAUUAAUGAAUGUGCAUCCAACCCCUGCAAGAAUGGUGGUACCUGUGUGGAUGGUGAAGAUGGGUUCUCUUGCCUUUGUCCUGAGGGUUUCCAUGAUCCACAUUGCUAUUCAGAAGUGGAUGAGUGCAGCAGCAGCCCCUGCGUGCAUGGCACAUGCCAUGAUGACAUCAAUGGGUACCAGUGUAAAUGUGAGCCAGGCUGGACUGGAACCAAUUGUGACGUGAACCAUAAUGAGUGUGAAUCCAAUCCGUGUCAGCAUUAUGGCACCUGCACAGAUUAUGUCAAUGGCUAUCGCUGUAAAUGCAAAGAAGGCUUCCAGGGGACUUACUGCCAGAUCAAUAUAAACGACUGUGCUUCUAGCCCCUGCCUCAACCAGGGCACCUGUAUUGAUGGCAUUGCCAGUUAUACUUGUCUGUGUGACUUGCCCUACACUGGACGGAACUGUGAGAAUGUCUUGGCUCCUUGCUACCCUAACCCAUGUGAGAACAAUGGUGUUUGUGACCAUACACCUGAUUACGAAGGAUUUACUUGCAGUUGUGCACCAGGCUGGCAAGGGCAGCAAUGCCACAUUGACAUUAAUGAAUGUGACCAGAACCCAUGUCGAAACAGGGGAACUUGCACCAACACCCUUGGCAGCUAUAGAUGCGCCUGCCGCCCUGGCUACACCGGCAUCAAUUGUGAGAUGGAUAUUGAUGAUUGCACACCUAAUCCUUGCCUGAAUGGUGGCGGCUGUCAGGAUGGCAUCAGUUCCUUCACAUGCACUUGCCUGCCAGGUUUCACAGGACCACGCUGUGCAACUGAAACUAAUGAGUGCCUGAGCAACCCCUGCCGCAAUGGGGCCACCUGUACAGACUAUGUCAACAGCUACACUUGUACUUGUUCCCCAGGCUGGGCUGGCUUACACUGUGAGCACAAUGUGCAGGAGUGCACUGACAGCUCUUGCUUCAAUGGUGGAACAUGCUUGGAUGGAGUAAAUUCAUACACAUGCCACUGUCGUGCUGGCUUCACAGGCACCCAUUGCCAGCAUGAGAUUGAUGAGUGCCAAUCACAGCCCUGCCUCAAUGGUGGGGUGUGCCAUGAUGGUGUGCAGUCCUAUCGUUGCACCUGUCCUCAGGGCUACACAGGUCCUCAGUGCCAGAACCUUCUGGAUUUGUGUAGCCGCUCCCCCUGUCAAAAUGGUGGGCACUGCAUACAGUCGGGUGCUACUUUAUCCUGUGAUUGCCCUGGAGGCUGGACUGGCCGUUACUGUGACAUCCCAAAUGUUUCUUGUGAAGUGGUAGCGAGGAACCGAGGUGUGACCAAGGAACAAGUGUGCCAUUAUGGAGGCCGUUGUGUGGAUGCUGGCAAUACACACUACUGUAUUUGCAAGAAGAGCUACACUGGCAGCUACUGUGAGAGUGAGGUCAAUCACUGCCAGCACAGCCUAUGUCGGAAUGGGGGUACCUGCCGCAGUUUUGUGGGAGGUUAUGUCUGUGAGUGUCCUCUAGGCUUUGAGGGGAAAAACUGUGAAUUUGAUAUUGAUGAAUGUCAGUCACAUCCAUGCCAGAAUGGUGGAACUUGCAUUGACCUCACUGGUCGCUACAUUUGUUCCUGCCCACCAGGGACACUAGGUGUCUUGUGUGAAAUAAAUGAGGAUGACUGUGCCACGAAUCCUAUUAGCCGCGUCCCCAAAUGCCUGAACAAUGGAACAUGUGUGGACAGAGUGGGUGGCUACCGAUGCAGCUGCCCACCAGGCUUUACAGGCGAGCGUUGUGAGGGAGAUAUAAAUGAAUGUCAGUCCAAUCCCUGCCAUCCGCGCAACACCCUGGACUGCAUUCAAGAAGCCCGUGACUACCAGUGCAUUUGCAAGCCAGGCUACACCGGCCGCCACUGCAAAAACAUUGUGAAUGCAUGUGAAUCUCAGCCUUGCCAGAACGGUGGGCAAUGUAAACUGGCAGUAAACUUGCCUCUCGGAUAUACCUGCCAGUGCCCUCGGAGCUACUUGGGCACCAAUUGUGAGCGCAGUGUGUUCUCUUGCCGAGAAUUCUUCUGUUUCAAUGGUGGCAACUGCCGGCCUUCCCCUCUAGGUGCCCACUGUUACUGCCUUCCUGGAUGGAUUGGACCUGAUUGUCGCAUCCGUGCCAAUAGCAGUUGUGUCAAUCAACCUUGCCACAAUGGGGGUGUCUGCCAUGAGAUUGCCACUCCCCCCUAUUUUCAGUGCCUUUGUCCUGGUGACUACACAGGUGUUCGCUGUCAAACUGCACGCACCGCACGGCCAUCUCUGCACCCUGAGCUCCAUUGUCCAUUGGAAGAGUGUGCUGCAAAGGCAGCGGACUCCUAUUGUGACAAGAUGUGCAAUAGCCCAGCUUGUCGCUGGGAUGGAGGUGACUGUUCUCUUUUGGUGGAUAAUCCUUGGAAGCAGUGUGAGAGCCCUCAGUGCUGGCAGUUCUUCAACAAUAGUCAGUGUGAUGAACUCUGCAAUACCGUUGAGUGUCUUUAUGACAACUUUGACUGCAAGAAUCGUGAGCGCACCUGCAACCCUAUUUAUGAGAAAUACUGCUCAGAUCACUUUGCUGAUGGGAAUUGUGACCAAGGCUGUAAUAAUGAAGAGUGCGGCUGGGAUGGGCUGGAUUGUGCACGGGAAGUGCCUGAGCACUUGGCAGAUGGGGUUCUAAUCAUCACCGUGCUGUUGCAUCCUGAUGAACUGCUCCGCACCAGCACCAUCUUCCUGCAGAAGCUGAGUGCCAUUUUAAGGACCUCCCUGAGAUUCCGUCUAGAUGAGAAUGGCGACUACAUGAUCAAACCUUAUUAUGGAACUGGGCGACGACUACGCAGGGAACUGGGCCAAGAAAUAAUUGGGUCUGAGGUCACCCUUGAGAUUGACAACCGUCUUUGCUACCAAGCUUCAAACAAAUGCUUCCCUGACGCAGAAAGUGCUGCUGAUUACCUCGCUGCCCUGUCGGCAGUGGAGCGUCUAGAGUUUCCAUAUCCACUGAAAGCUGUGAAAG